UCGUUGAUUAGCGCUCGUCGCGUCGAGUUCGCAGUGAAAAUUCGUAGACAAGACGUGCGUAUGACGUGCCCGCAAACAAAAAAUCAAAUAAGCGUAAGCGCAGUGCUCAAUAGAAAAACAAGUGCAAGUGUAAAACAAUUUGUUAUAAAUAAAUAAGCAGUAGACAAAGCAUGUCCAGUGCACAGGUGUCGCAGCCACCGCCGCCAACAACGCAGCAGCAGCAGCAACAGCCACACAUAGGUCAGCUGCUUAUAAGUCACAUAGUUAGUCAGCAGCAAAGACUAACGCCAACUGAGGAUCAGUGCAGCAAUAACUCCAAUCAAUCUUCCAAUCUAACGCCCUCGCCACGCUCCAGCGGCAGUCGCAGUCCCGCCAAAAGUCCCACGCAUUCCAACGCCACCACAAGUUCGCCGCAAAGCGUCUACGCGCCACAUCACAGUCCAGCGGCAACUCUAGAGCAGCUGCAGCCGCCGCCAGCAGCAGCAGAGCAGCAACAACAACAAUUGAACAUGCCACUGCUAGUGGCUCCACUGCCUAUGGCAGCCACACAUCAUACUCAACCCACACACAUGCCACCGCGUCUCUAUGUGGAAAGCAACUUUCCGCCGCAUCACGUGCCACAUGCAGUUUAUCCGCUGCCGCGUCUGCCACUUGCCGCCGUCAUGCUGCCCGCCAAUGCGCCACCGCCGGCUGCAGCCGCCAAUGCAGCAGCAGCACCACCCAUCACCGUUGUCAGCUGCUCACCGCCUGCCACACAGCCCGCCCAGAGUCAGCCCAAGAAGUCCUUCUGCAUCGAUGCGCUGCUCGCCAAGUCGCAGCAUCAAACACAAACUGAGCGCCAAUCCAGCACGGACUUAAUUGUCGAUGAUCAUCGCUUAGCCGCGCUGCAUUACGCGCGCGAUCAGGCUGAGCUCAAUCAUGCCUUUGUGGCUGCCUCCAAUGCUGCCGCAGCAGCCGCUGCCGCCGGCAUGAGCGAUCAUGAGGCGCGCGAAUACGAUUCAAGCAGUCCCGACGGCAUGUCCAGAUCUGAAUCUCCCAGCUCAUCGCAUCGCUCCAGUCCACCCAUAAGUCCUGGCUGCGAGGAUCAGCUGCCACAAUCUGCGCACCACACACAGCAUCUGGGCAUGCGCAUGUCCGAGCUGCACGAUGAGUUCAAGAAGCCCGUGCCGCCACACAGUCCCAUACGGCCGCAGGACUUUCCACUCUAUGCGGGCGGACAUCCGUAUCAGCUGCUGGCGCAAGGCGGCUCCGCAUUCCACAGACCACUCGAUCCCUCCGGCAAGCCCAUACCGAGCCUCCACGAUUUUCAUUUACAGCUGCCCAUGGGUCACAACUUCAUGCCCUCCCAGCUGCAGUUUGAGUUCCUGGCGCGCGCCGGCAUGUUGCACCAUCGCAUACCCGAGCUGGCCGCCUAUCCGCAUCACGCCAUUCUGGGCAAGACGCGACGCCCGCGCACCGCGUUCACCUCACAGCAGCUGCUCGAGCUGGAGAAGCAGUUCAAGCAGAACAAAUAUCUAUCGCGUCCCAAGCGCUUCGAGGUCGCCAGCGGUCUCAUGUUGUCCGAGACGCAGGUGAAGAUUUGGUUUCAGAAUCGACGCAUGAAAUGGAAGCGCUCCAAGAAGGCGCAACAGGAGGCCAAGGAGCGCGCCAAGGCACAACAGCAACAACAACAGACGAGCUCAGCAGCCAGCACAGCAAGUUAAUGGCCACACUAAGGAUUACAAUUGAUGUAAUGUCAGCCAUUUGCUCUAGUCAUGCAACGAACAACCGUCCACCUGAUGCGACACCCUGUAAGCAGCCACGCCCCCCGCCCUAACUGCGCCACAUUCUUCAACCAAAUUGCGCCCAAUUAGUUUGAACGUUUUUUUCAUUUGUUCAUUGUUGUUUUAAUUCGACAACAACAACAACAACAACACUGUGUGAUAUAUGUAAA